CCUCCACCUCCAUUCAACCUUCUGCAGUUCUAGAACAGCCAGAGAACCUCCAACCUUUGUCUCCUUCCAUUCAGUCGGGCAGUCACGAGUCACAACAAGGAAUAACACAUCAAAUCACCCUGCUACUUUUGGACCUGACAAGAACCCAUCAGCCACUCUAUUCCCGAAACAACAUUAUUUUCUAUAAAACCAUUCAAACAGCUUUCUCAAAAAACGGUUACAACUGGUCAACAGACAAAAUCCGGAAAAAAAUGGCCAACAUGCUCACCACCUACAAAAGAAUAAAGGACAGACGCCGUACAACUGGGGAGGGGACACAAACCUGGGAGUAUUAUACACAAAUGGAUGACUUAUUUGGGACCUCUGGGAUUGGUACUGCACCACCAGGCAAGGUUUUUUCCACUCCUCUGGGUCUGGAAAAUACACCCAUACACACCACACCAACAAUCUCACAGCCACCACAAGCGAACCCAGCAGGUGAGGGUGUGUCUUCCAGACCCAGAGGAGUGGAGCACCCUAGCACCAGCACCAGCAGGCAAAGACCCGGACAUUCCUUCGUCGACACUUAUGAGGCACAUGCAGAGAGGAGGACUGCUGUGCUGGAGUCCCUGGUCAGGCCGGACCUGGAGAGAUGGCGGCGUCUAAAGGAGAAGCACAGGCGUACCUUUGAAAGGAAGCUCUUGGCCAGCCUUGGAAAUAUAGGGGAGCAACUCCAAGAAAUAGGUCGACAACAAGGGCAGAUAAUCGAGCUACUGAAAAAACGAUCUCAAUAA